CAAAAAAAAAUCAGCUCAGCUGUCAUGUCAAUUGUUGCCUCUCGCUGUCUCGUAAGGAUUAUCAAAUGAGCAGUGUAUUGAACAAAAUUACGUAUUUUCGUAAGUGAGAGUAAUAUUUCAACUUCUUAAUAAAGGCGGAUAAGAUAUAUGACAAUUAUUUCCACCAUGUUCAAAGGAGUGAUAAUAUUUGGUGCUGGAGUGUAUACUGGUGUAUAUGUAGCACAAAAUUACCAGGAACAAAUACGCAACAUCAUGGUGUAAGGUACAACGGUAUUCAACCACGACUACGUAGGGGUGAAUAGAUAGACAGCACGACUAUGAGAAUUUUUUGGCAACGCUUUUAAUGACCAAAGCGAUUCGAUCUCCGGCACUUGUGGUGCGAGCGUUCAAUGUGGAAAUCUCACGAAUACAAGAUCAAACCUCCGACCCACAGACUGCAGCAUUUCGCCUCCAGUUCUGGCAAGACAUUUUGAAGAAAAUUUUCGUAAAAGAGCAAGUUUUUCAGAAUAUACCUGCAAACCCUAUAGCUCAAGAGUUAUUCAAGGUUUCCUCUGCCUACAGUCUAUCCAAAAGACACUUAGAAAAGCUCAUUACAUCUAGGAGAGAUUUGCUUCAAACAAAACUCUUUCGUAACUUAGAAGAUAUAGAGAAAUAUGCAGAUGACAGUGUGUCUUCAAUAUACUAUUUAUUAUUAAGUGUUGCUAAUAUUGCUAAUGUACAUGCAGAUCAUGCAGCAUCACAUUUAGGCAAAGCACAAGGCCUUGCUAAUAUUCUUAGAUCUGUUCAUGUUGCCAAUCACCACAAAACAGUUUUUCUGCCAAUGGAUAUUCUAAUGAAAAACAAAGUUAGUCAAGAAAUGGUUCUGAGAGGUGUUAACACUGAUGAUAUGAAGAAUGUUGCUUUUGAAGUAGCUAGCAGAGCUAACAGCCAUUUAGAAAAGGCUAGGAAUAUAUCUGUACCAAAAUUGGCCAACCAAAUAUUUUUACCUGCAAUAGCUGUAGACUCCUAUUUGAAAAAACUACAGAAGAAUGACUUCAAUGUGUUUGACAAGCAAUUACAACAAACCAACGCUCUUUUACCAUUCAGUUUAUAUUUUAAGAGAGUUUUAAAUAAAUAUUAAUUUAUUUUAUUAAGGCUUAUGGCCUUUCCUAUAGCUAUUUAGUUGAGAUUAUUUACUGUAAAUAUGAAAACAAACAAUCAAAGAAAAGUAAAAUGGACUUGUCUUGCCUAUUGUAAUGUGAACAGGAAACAUGGCUUGGACUUGAAAUAAAAACAUCCACUUAGGAAAUUGCACUGUUUACUCUCAAGCUUAUUCAUGCAAAUAAAUACUCUUAACUAUUUGAGAUUCAA